UUUCUGAGCAGCAAAGUCUCUGUCACACUGGAUACAGAAACAGCAAAUCCAAAGCUUGAGGUAUCUAAAGAUCAGAAGAACGUGAGAUUGACCCAGACAGCACUGAGUGUCCAUGACAAUGAAGAGAGGUUUACCGUCUGUGAAUCAAUGCUUGGAUCAGAGGGAUUUACUUCAGGCUCACACUACUGGGAGGUGGAGGUGGUGGGGAAUCAGCACUGGACUGUGGGAGUAGCCACAGAGUCUGUGGAGAGGAAGAAAGAAAUCCAGCUGACACCAAAGAAUGGGUUUUGGACAAUUGGGAGGACUGAGAAUAAAUUUGAGGCAAACUUUGAAAAAACAUCUGAUAUCCAAGCUGGUGAGAUUCCAAGGAAAAUUGGUGUUUAUCUCAACUAUGAGUCUGGGAUUGUUUCAUUUUACAGUGCAGGUACAAAGAUUUACUUGUACACUUUCACUGGGUGUGAAUUCACAGAGAAAGUUCAUCCUUUCUUCAGUACAACACACUGUGACAAAUGGCUGAGAAUCUGCCCAGUUUAGCAUUGUUUCUGUGAAACGUUUCUGACCUGAAAGUUUCUCCAAAGUAUUUUACAGUUUAAUAGGAAGAAAGGAAUCUGGGAUCAUCCCUUUUUACAAAACAUUGUCUGAUUGUCAAAGCUGUAAGUAAUGUAAAUAUGUGUUUGGUCAGCUUCACAGUGAGGAGAAGGUUUCCCUCCAUGUGAACCACUGAUAGGCUGGAGAUAAUCAGGAGUUAGUAACUGGUGGAUUUGCCAUCCAUCUGCUCCCAGAUUAUAAAGGCAUCCCUGUUACUGGUGACUUCACUUCAACUGAGUCUGACAUUGGUUUGCACGUGGUUAAUGUGGCUUGUGCCUGCCAGUCUGGAACCAGAUGAGGGCCAGCUUUGCAAUGUACUUAAAAAGUAAAUGAGCUGGAUUUACAAUAUCAAGAAUGAAGACCUGAUGUGGGAAGCAAUGUCACACUUAACAAAAUCAUUUUAAAGAGAUUUUGAGACAAAAAUAGAAAUUGCUGGAAAAGCUCAGCAGGUCUGGCAGUAUCUGUGGAGAGAAAUCAGAGUUAAUGUUUCGAGCCGAGUGACCCUUUUCCUUCAGGGUGCAGUGAAUAUGUAGCUUUUACUCUGGAGUUAAGUUUGCAUUUAGAAAAUGGGAUAACUGCAAAGAAAAGCAUCUUGAAUUCCAUUACAGCUGAAAGGUCAGGGCAAGGUUUCUUUAAGAGGUUAACAUCUAGGAAAGGAAGAUCAUAAAACGGUUGGUAGAUUUGCUUUGCUGAUGAGCCAAAGAUGUCAUGCCGAAGCUGCUUGUAAAGAAAUACAGUUGAAGGAGCUGGUUUUAUUUGGAACUUGGAGCUAAAUUAUGAUAAAGGUGUUACUGAACUCAUAUCAAAGAAAAAAUUCUAAAUGAAGAAUAAUCAAGAGGUCAGGGUGAGGAUAGCCCAGAGUAGGUUCUAUCAUCAUGGUCCUGGGGAGAGAGUAAGAAGAUUCUCUGGUUUCGAUCUCUGUUUGCUGGGGGAAAUGGUUAACUGCAGUUUGGAACUGGGAAUGUUGAAGCAAAGAAAUGGCUUCAGGCAACACAAGUACUGUCAUUAGUAGACAGCAGACAGCUAGCCCUCAGGAGAUGUCCCAGGGAGUUUGAUGACUCCUUACUAUUUGAAUGGGGGCAAGAAAAAGAAGCACAGUGCAGCUGAGUGUGGGAUGAAGGAAGUUCAGAAAAAGUAUUUGCUUCCAAUGCUGGAUCUUGAAGACUGAAGAUUUGGACUCUCUUGUGAAGGGGGGAAAAAAUUGAAUGAGAUUUUAUGACACAGGGUGUCACUAAUUUCUGGAUGUGUUGCUGAGAAAUCGACAGACCUUGUCUUGGUUGUCUCUGCCAUCUCCAGUGCAGACUGUGGGGGUGUCGACUACAAUUUGUCUAUUAACUCAGUUACUGCAUUAAUUCUGAACAUUAACUACUCCUGGUCCUGGUCUCCUGUCUAGUUAAUACUGCCUGAGCUGAUGCUUACUUCCAUGUUCUGCAACUUGCAACUGUCUUAAGUAUUUUGUUUUUACUUGUACAGUAAUAAUUGUAUAAUUGAAUGUCAUGACUGAGGGGAAAAUGCACUGAUAAUCCACACCCCA